UGGUGUCCCUCAGGUCGCUGCAGCCACAGUGACAUGGACGGCAGGAGCGACUCCACAACCUGCAGAGCUAACACAGAAGCCUCGCCCGAACUGUGGAGCCGACAAUGACUCACAGAAAUGGAAUCAGGGGGACGAGUGAUCGCGGCCUCCACGCCGAGGCCUCCAGAGUCCAGCGGCAGGCCAACGGGGUGGAGCCGGACAAAGAUCAUCAGGACUGUGAGUCCGAGGAGGCGGGGCACGCGGCAGGUGAACGCAGACGCUCGGCGGCUGGACCCGGGGUGGUCACGGCUCCAGACGGAGGAUGGGGGUGGGUGGUGCUGGUCGCCACCAUCUUGGUCCUGGCUCUGACCCUGGCGUUCCCGUCUUGCGUGGGGAUCUUCUACACGGACCUGCAGAACGAGUUCCACGCCUCCAACAGCGAGACGUCCUGGGUGCCCUCCAUCAUGACGUCGGUGCUGCACGCAGGAGGUCCCUUCUGCAGCGUGUUGGUGGAGAGAUUGGGUUGCCGGGCGACGGUCAUGCUGGGCGGAGUCCUGAGUGGGCUGGGAAUGGCAGCCAGUUCGUUUACCCAGUCCAUCGGGCAGCUGUACGUCACGGCCGGGGUUAUUACAGGUCUUGGUUUCUGCUUCAGCUUCCAGCCCGCCGUGACGAUCCUCGGACACUACUUUGUGCGCCGCCGAGCGUUCGCCAACGCCAUGUCGUCGACGGGCACGGCGCUGGGACUGUGCACGCUGCCCUUCCUGGGCAACUACCUCCACGAGGAGCUCGGCUGGAGGGGGAGCUUCCUGGUCCUGGGCGCCGUUCUUUUGAACUGCUGCGUGUGCGGCGCCGUGAUGAGGCCCCUGGAGCCCCCCGUGCGCCGGGGUCAGCCCCUGAUGAACCAAGGACCGCCUUCGCCCGAGGAGGCGCCCGUGAGGAAGGACGUGGGGUGGGCGAGGACGAUGUGGAGCUACGUGGUGGCUUCCCUCAGCAAACACAUGGCGUUCGAUCAGUUCUGCAACAACCCGCGGUACUGUGUGUUUGCCAUCGGCAUCACGUGGAUGAUGCUGGGCUUCGUGGUGCCGCUCAUCUACCUGGUCCCCUACGCCACCGCCAACGACAUGGAGCAGGGCCGCGCCGCCAUGCUGCUCUCCAUCCUGGGCAUCGUCAACAUCGUGGUGCGGCCGCCGUUCGGCAUCGUCUUCAGCAUGCCGUGGUUCAAAGGGCGGCACAUUUACGUUUUUGCCGCCGCCCUGCUGGUCAACGGGAUCAGCAACGCCGUCCCCUGCAUCGGGCCCAGCUUCAACGUCCUGCUGGUGUACGUGGUGAUCUACGGGCUGUCCAUGAGCGUGGUGGGCUCGCUGAUGUUCACCGUGCUCAUGGACAUCGUGGAGAUGAGCCGCUUCCCCUCGUCUCUGGGACUGCUCGCCAUCAUGGAGAGCAUCACGCUGCUCAUCGGGCCUCCACUGGCAGGAGUCCUGAUCGACAGAACGGGUCGUUACUUUCAAGUCUUCUUCGCCUGCAGUGCCGUCGUUGCCUCCGCCGCCGUCUUCCUCAUGGUGUCGUUCUGCUGGCUGGACAAAAAGGACAGAAAGUCUUCAAAGCAGACUCAGCCCUCGGCGCUCCCCGAGCCGGCCAGACCCCCUGCUGUGGACGUCGCUCCUGACUGUCAGUACCGCAGCGUGCCCACAGAGGGAGACAAAGACAACGCCUCCGCUAACGGGGCAGACAACAUCAGCAGCGUCUGAACUCUGCUCACACUUCAGGGGUUUAUCCUAAACACACACAGAGAGCACAGUGCAGGUCAAACAGUCCUGCACAUGAUAUCCUAAUGUGUGUGUGCCAGCUCGCUUGGCGCACCCAGAUGUUUGCUCUCCUGCUGCGACCUUACCGCUGCCAUCUGCUGCGCCAUAAAAGACACCAAACAAACACUGUGAAUCAUUUGCUCUGCUCUACCCAGGUUAAACACUUUGCUCCUAAAAUACCAAAACCAAAACUGAUGUGCACUUAACAGCUACGGUGUGAUUGUACCGUUAAUCGUCAAAUGCUGCUGAUCUCAUCCAUAACACCAUCCAUCUCAUCACACAUGAGGUAUCUCACUUUAUCAAGCCAGGAGACGCACGGGAUCCUGUGUCCAUGUGCAUGUCAGGUGUUUCCUGUAGUGUUGAUUUAAAGGUGUAUAAUCAUCUUACUCUUCCUUCUGUCAAUACCAGACGACCCUUUCAUUAUUUUCUAAUCAAACUCGUGCAUAGCAAAUUAACGGAAAGCUACACCAGAAAGUAUAUUUAACUGUGUACAGUACGGGGAACUGUAGAAAAAAAUCUAAUUAGGAAUCACUUAUUUGAUCUUGCUUUGUAGGACAGCCCAUCGAUGUCAACCUGCCGCCCUUCAGCAAAAUCAUUAUUUGUACAGCGCCAAUUCACAACAAGUGUUAUCUCGAGGUCGAGACGCAGGUUAAGGACCGUACUCAUUGUUAUGUUACAAAAGAAGAUUAGGAGAUAAGAUUAGGUUUCUCCUUUGUAUUCCUCUCGUUCCUGUUGUCCUCACUUCCUCACAGCUGAGGUGGAGGUCAGAGCAGGUCGUGCAUGAACGAGGACGGCGGUGGUUGUGGGGACGACACAGUCCGAUGGUGGAGGCUGGGCGUCAGGGACGUCAGGUGGUAGUUAGUGCAGGAUCAGCUGGCUGAAGGUUAGGGAAGCCCCCCCCCCCCCCCCCGUCUACUGGAGAGUCUGACAAGGCCUCCUGGACUUGAUCUUCAAACUAAUUCUACACUCAAUUCAGACAUUCGAUCCAGACCCGCCUUUUAUACAUGUCAAAAUGUGCAGCAUCACCAGGCUGGUAAAGGGGCGUGGCCUUAAAUUUGGAUGGGCUGUUAUUUAAAGUUUUACAGUGAUACAUCUCAAGAGUAAAAGGAUAAGGCUGGCGCUAAAAGACCAAGACCAACAAUGUGUCAGCAUGAUAUCAAAAAUAUGUUUAAAAUGAGCUUCAGCCGUUAUUUCCCAUCAUGCAAAGUUUACUUUAGAUCCUUCCCUCAAAAUCAGAGUUUAGUGUCUCUUCCUUUUCAUGAAGAGAGACGGGAUACGUGGGGACGAGAGAGAGUCAAGUUAGUUUUUUUCUAAGAGACAUUUGAAAAACAACCACAGAACAGAUUAACAUACUUACUUUCACAUCAUCAACGCUCAGAGUUACAGAAAGGCCUUAAAAUAAGUCCGAGCAGGAGAAAAAAAACUGUUUAACAACGUCUUUGUGAACUUCAAAGUAGGUCAUUUAAUCCUCUUAGUCUUUAAUGUGAAGGCAUUUAACACCGCGUACCACGACUAAACUGUUACACCAUGUUAAUGAGUGUUUGUGCUUCACAUCAUUAACGCUGCAUUUUAAAAAAAAUCAUCAAAGACUGAAACUGUUAGUUGUAGCUUCAAUGAAUAUGUACGAGCAGGUUUUGUGGUUUUUUUUGUGUGUGUUUAGCAUGUUUUCCACUCCUUAAAGGAACAGUGCCUUUUUUUAAAGAACUGGUGUUUCUCUACAGACAGAUUUUAAUAUCACAUGAAACACUUGAUACCCUGUCAGCAGUUUAACACGUCGCAUGGGAACGAGGAGUCAGCAGCUCAAGUGUUAAGACGCUGAUUUGACUUUCAAUUUAAAGGCAGGGUUGGUCAUUUUAGAAAAACUAAAACUCACAGUAUAAGUUUUGAGUGUGGGCUCGAGCACACAAGAGGUAGAGAGCGAGCAGGGAGACAGGGAGGCGUCUGAUUGGUUCAUCAGAUUGGUACCUUGUGGCAGACAUUGGUUGAAGUUUUUACAGACUUACAAACUGAUACAGAUGAAGGAUUUUCUUCUUUUACAGAGAACAUGAGUUAUUAAUGUCUGUCAGGACCUAAAGACAAUUUCAACCAAAAAUCUUAAAAAAGUGUAUCUGGAGGAAAUUACCAACCCUGCCUUUAAAUCAGAGACUUAACGUGACAGACUUUUGAUAAACACACAGUGAGAGGAUCACUCCACAUGCACAGGUCUGAACAAAUGUAUUUGAAGUAAAUAAAUCAUUCAGGUCAAAGCUGUGCUGCAGUAAACUGAAGUGUUACCAGAGACCUCUCGGCUAAGAGAGGAUUUAUCAGUAAUAUUUGAGGCUUCACUUUCUUUUUGGGCCAAAAUGUUUCCUUUAAUAUAGAAACUGUAUUUAUAUGUGAUGAUCAGGGGGAAAUAAAUAUUUGAAUAUCAA